GUUCGGGGGCGCGCGAGCUAGCACGAGGACAGGGCCAAAGACCCGGAAUGAGUUUCCGCGUAGUUCCGCUGUGCCGUACCUGGAUGUGCUUAGCCGUGUCGGGCCAGAACAGGCGUGGGUGGGGGCCUGAGUUGGUGGUACUGGGGACAGGCGCUCGGGACAGCCCGCGUCUUGCUGAGGUCCCCGCCCCGUCCCAGCCGGGCCGGCCCGUCUGUCAGUCACUGGGGCGGAGGCAGCGACCAUAGCGGGGCCAAACCCGGGAGGCGAACAGAUCGCGGGCCAGGCGAACGGAGGGGACCUAGCUCAGCCCCCCAACUCUACCGACUCUGCCCCAGACUCACGAAACUGCAACCCCGUGCUUCCUUGGACGUCUCCGUAUCUCGCGAAGGGCUCUCUCCCGGGUGAUCUCCCAGCCCCCUGACCUCAUAGCAUCUUGAAGCUCAUCCAGACUAGGGUGUUAUGGGUACAGGCCGUUGACCCUGUGACCCCUCACGGGCCAGGGCCUCUGUUUCCCCUGUAGGCCUCCCUCCCCUAUGACUUUUGAUUCAAGGGACAGAGCCGUGACCUCCCACUAGGACCCUUCCCUGGGAGCACCUCACUGACGCCUCCCUUUUGGGAGCCGCCUUAGCGGGUCCCCUCCGAAGAGCACAUCUUUUGACCUCUGCCACCCCCCCCCCUCCAAACGCGGUGGGCAGGCCUCGGCAGCCAUGCCCGCCCUGGGCAUCCCCUCAUCCCACCACUUCCUGGGUACUCAAGCCGGGGUCUAGCAGGGGGCCGACAGCCAAAGGGCUGGGGCAAGAGAGAGAUCAGGGUCCACCUCCCUGCCAAGCAGGGAGCAAAGAUGGAGCGGCGGGAGGAGCAGCUGGGGGCUGCAGGGGCUGGAGCAGCACCAGCCUUGGACUUCACUGUGGAGAACGUGGAGAAGGCGCUGCACCAGCUCUACUACGACCCCAAUAUUGAGAACAAGAACCUGGCUCAGAAGUGGCUGAUGCAGGCCCAGGUCUCUCCUCAGGCCUGGCAUUUCAGCUGGCAGCUACUCCAGCCAGACAAGGUGCCUGAGAUCCAGUACUUUGGGGCCAGUGCCCUGCACAUCAAGAUCUCUCGCUAUUGGAGUGACAUCCCUACCGACCAGUAUGAAAGCUUAAAGGCGCAGCUCUUCACCCAGAUCACCCGCUUUGCCAGUGGCUCCAAAAUUGUGCUGACUCGGCUGUGUGUGGCACUGGCCUCACUUGCUCUCAGCAUGAUGCCUGAUGCUUGGCCAUGUGCUGUGGCAGAUAUGGUUCGGCUCUUCCAGGCUGAGGACUCACCGGUGGAUAGCCAGGGCCGUUGUCUGGCCCUUCUAGAGUUGCUGACAGUUCUGCCCGAGGAGUUUCAGACCAGCCGCUUGCCCCAGUACCGCAAAGGUCUGGUGCGGACCAGCCUGGCUGUGGAGUGUGGGGCUGUCUUCCCAUUGCUGGAGCAACUGCUACAACAGCCCAGCUCUCCCAGCUGUGUGCGUCAGAAGGUGCUCAAAUGCUUCUCCAGCUGGGUGCAGCUGGAAGUACCCCUGCAGGACUGUGAGGCACUCAUUCAGGCUGCCUUCGCUGCUCUGCAGGACUCGGAACUCUUUGACAGCAGCGUGGAGGCCAUUGUCAAUGCCAUCUCCCAGCCAGAUGCCCAAAGGUACGUGAACACACUCCUGAAACUCAUUCCGCUGGUGCUGGGACUGCAGGAUCAACUGCGGCAGGCAGUGCAGAAUGGGGACAUGGAGACCUCCCACGGCAUCUGCCGCAUUGCUGUGGCCCUGGGCGAGAACCACUCUCGGGCCUUGCUAGACCAAGUAGAGCACUGGCAGAGCUUCCUGGCACUCGUCAACAUGAUCAUGUUCUGUACUGGCAUCCCUGGCCACUAUCCCGUCAACGAGACUACCAGCUCCCUCACUCUCACCUUCUGGUACACGCUGCAGGAUGACAUUCUGUCCUUUGAGGCAGAGAAGCAGGCUGUAUACCAGCAGGUGUACCGGCCAGUCUACUUCCAGCUGGUGGACGUACUUCUGCACAAGGCCCAGUUUCCUUCUGAUGAGGAAUAUGGAUUUUGGUCCUCAGAUGAAAAGGAGCAGUUCCGAAUCUACAGGGUGGACAUCUCAGACACACUCAUGUAUGUCUAUGAGAUGCUGGGGGCUGAGCUGCUUAGCAACCUCUAUGACAAGCUGGGCCGUUUGCUCACCAGCUCAGAGGAGCCCUACUCCUGGCAGCACACAGAAGCCCUACUCUAUGGCUUCCAGUCCAUUGCAGAGACCAUUGAUGUCAACUACUCUGACGUGGUCCCCGGACUCAUCGGCCUCAUCCCACGGAUCAGCAUCAGCAAUGUACAGCUGGCGGACACUGUCAUGUUCACCAUUGGAGCUCUGUCUGAAUGGCUGGCUGACCACCCCGUCAUGAUCAACAGCGUUCUGCCCCUUGUGCUGCAUGCCCUAGGCAAUCCUGAGCUGUCCGUCUCAUCUGUGUCAACCCUCAAAAAGAUCUGCCGAGAGUGCAAGUAUGACCUGCCGCCCUACGCUGCCAACAUUGUGGCUGUCUCCCAGGAUGUGCUGAUGAAGCAGAUCCACAAGACAAGCCAGUGCAUGUGGUUGAUGCAGGCACUGGGCUUCCUGCUGUCAGCCCUGCAGGUAGAGGAGAUCCUGAAGAACCUGCACUCACUCAUCUCUCCCUACAUCCAACAACUGGAGAAGCUGGCAGAAGAGAUACCUAAUCCCUCCAACAAGCUGGCCAUUGUCCACAUCUUGGGGCUUCUUUCCAACCUCUUUACUACACUGGACGUCAGUCAUCAUGAGGAUGAUCACGAAGGCCCUGAGCUCCGGAAGCUGCCAGUGCCACAGGGACCCAACCCAGUGGUGGUUGUGUUGCAGCAAGUCUUCCAGCUCAUCCAGAAGGUGCUGAGCAAGUGGCUGAAUGAUGCCCAGGUAGUCGAGGCAGUGUGCGCCAUCUUUGAGAAGUCUGUUAAGACACUGCUGGAUGACUUUGCCCCCAUGGUGCCGCAGCUCUGUGAGAUGCUGGGUCGGAUGUACAGCACCGUUCCCCAGGCCUCUGCUCUUGACCUCACUCGACAGCUGGUCCACAUCUUUGCCCACGAGCCUGCCCACUUUCCCCCAAUAGAGGCCCUCUUCCUGCUGGUGACUUCCGUCACACUCACUCUCUUCCAGCAAGGGCCCAGGGAUCAUCCUGAUAUUGUUGAUUCAUUUAUGCAACUCCUGGCACAGGCUUUGAAGCGGAAGCCAGAUUUGUUCCUGUGUGAGCGAUUGGAUGUCAAAGCUGUGUUCCAGUGUGCUGUGCUGGCCCUCAAGUUCCCUGAGGCACCUACUGUCAAGGCCUCCUGUGGCUUCUUUACUGAGCUGCUGCCUCGAUGUGGGGAAAUAGAGUCUGUGGGGAAAGUGGUACAGGAAGAUGGCCGUAUACUGCUCAUAGCAGUACUGGAGGCCAUCGGGGGCCAAGCCUCCCGUAGCCUCAUGGACUGUUUUGCCGACAUCCUGUUCGCCCUGAACAAACACUGCUUCAGCCUCCUGAGCAUGUGGAUCAAGGAGGCUCUGCAGCCACCUGGUUUUCCAUCUGCCCGUCUCAGCCCUGAGCAGAAGGACACCUUCAGCCAGCAAAUACUUCGUGAGCGAGUGAACAAGAGACGGGUAAAGGAGAUGGUAAAGGAAUUUACACUGCUGUGCCGGGGGCUACAUGGCACAGACUACACAGCCGACUACUGAGGGACAUGUGUGUCCCGCCUCACCCCUUCUUACCCCUUCCUGUUCCCAAAGAGUAAACCUGGACUCUUACUGCU